CAGCUGAAGCCAGUCUGCUGGCAGAGGCUCAGCUUAUUACCGACUGCCCGCUCUCCUGCCGCUGUCUCUGCCUUUAUUUUGAAGUACCCGUGGCUCGGCUCAACUCUUCCUCAUGCACAGCUUCUCGGCGGAGCGCUGCUGCCAGGUUGACAGUAUGGAUUCCCAGCCAGCGGCGACCACCGAGCUGAAGCCGUGCGUUGAGUACCACGACCUGGAGGCUGCAGAGGCGCUCGUCAGCAUGAGCUUCUGGGGUCAAAGGUCACACAAACCUCGCCCGCUGACCCCCACCUCCGACUCCUGUGACUCCAUCCAGCUCCACCCAGAGGGAGGGGACACUCCCAAAGACCUGAUCGCUCUGUCCUCUCUGUGUAUGACUCCACCUCACAGUCCGAGCUUCGCCGAGGCCUCCACCACCGCUGUCCUCACCACCACCUCUGCUAUGAGCCCUGCCUCCAGACCAGUCUUACCCCACCUGGGCCUCAGUAUCAGCCCCGCCCUCCUUACUGACUCCCACACGGGCCUCCCCCAGCCCUCCCCCUCCUCCUCACCUCUCAUCUCAGACACCUCAGCACUUCCACCUCAGACAGAGUGGUCCUGUGUGGCUCCGCCCAGCAGAGCCAUGGCCACCAGCGUCAUCCGCCACACCGCCGACAGCCUCAGCAUUCCUCCUCCUCCACCUCCCGCUCCUUCCUCCCAGCUGACAAAAACCUCCAUGCCACCUCAACCAGGACCUCCACAGACACUUACAGAGGAGAGGGACAGACCUCCUCCAUCUCCUGACAACCCGUCCUCCCCUCCCUCCUCAGUGUCUCCUCCUCACUCCAUCCCUGUGUCUUCCUCCUCCUCCUCUUCCUCUCCAGUGUCCCCCUCUCCGGUCCUCUGCCAGGUGUUCCCGGUGAGCAGCCGGACGGGGAUGAUCUCCGCCUUCGUCCAGGCUCCGGUUCAGGUUCAGACUCAGGGGGGGCCCAAACCCAUCCUGCCCCAGUCUCCUUCCAGCUUCGCCCAGCCUCUGCUGGUGGGCUCCGCUGUGCCGCAGGGGACCGUUAUGUUUGUGGUCCCCCAGCCGGCCGUCUCCCAGCCUCCGCAAGGCCCACAGACUGUCAUGACCCUGGGCAACACCAAGCUGCUACCCCUGGCCCCGGCUCCAGUUUACAUGCCAUCAGGAGCGAAUGGCGGCGCCUCGCAGGCUGACUUCUCCCGCAGACGGAAUUAUGUCUGCAACUUCCCCGGCUGCAAGAAGACGUAUUUCAAGAGUUCACACCUGAAGGCUCACCUGCGCACACACACAGGUGAAAAGCCGUUCAGCUGUCACUGGGAAGGCUGUGACAAAAAGUUUGCGCGCUCUGAUGAGCUUUCCCGCCACCGCCGAACACACACCGGAGAGAAAAAGUUUGUCUGCAACAUGUGCGACCGGCGCUUCAUGCGCAGUGACCACUUGACUAAACACGCCCGACGGCACAUGACCACCAAGAGGGCAUCCUCAUGGCCCACCGAAACCGGAGACCUCAACAAAGUGGCCCUGCCCAAGGGCCAAAACAGAGGCCCCGCGCUGCCUGUGGGCGUGCUCGUACCCACCGCCAACUAACAGACUCAGGCAGGACCCCACAGGGCCAACUCAGGACCCCAGAAAGGUGGGGGGGGGGGGGGGGGUGCAACCAGACACUUAAAGGUUAGUGACUGGUUGUUUCAGUCGGCUCCACCAGCCACAUCAGGACGAUCUUUUCUACUCUACAAAUCAUAUUUGGCUGGUGAACACCGUGAAGACAGCGACUGGGCCCCGGCUACGUUUACAGAAAGACCUCAGAACAGGGUCAUUAAAACAUGGCAAACUCUGAUUAUCUGAAACUGGGUUAAGACGGCUAUCUUACUCUCGUCUUAAGCAAGAAAACCAGACCAGUUGUCUGUUUCUUUUCAUUUUGGUGUAUAAACUUACUUUUCCAGGCUCAGCUAAAAUGUCGUUUUGUCUGACCAACAAUCCAGAAUCCAAAGAUAUUCAAGUUCCUCUGAUGUACGGCAAAGGAAAGCAUUGAAUCUUAAUAUUCGGGAAACUAGAAACAUCAUUAAUCAGCCAGUGUUGCAGCUGUACAGUUCUUCAGUAAAUGCACUGAGCUGCUUUCCACCACUGAUAUUACUACAGCUUUUAGUAAUCUGGACACUUACUGUUCCGUUAGCAUCCAAGCUAGCGGAAACUAGCAAAAAACUUUUUUCCUCAUCAGAAACUCUUUAUUGGAUAAAUGAACAUCGUGGAAAGAAAUGUCAGAGGGAAGUAAAUGAUCCAUUUCAGAGAAAAUACAGAGGUUUGAAGAGAGACUGUGAAGAGUAGAUGCAUGUUCACAGCCGGCUAGCGUGUUAACCGUUAGCUCACUUGUUAACUUCGUUCUGAGACUUUCAGGUGUUGAGGUGAAUUCAUGCCACAGUAUUUCAGAUUAUUCCAUUUUAACAUCUGUAAUAAUCUGAGUAUUUCUGUAAUGCAGAUAUUCUGAGUUUAAUCCAUGUAGACUUAGCCGGAGCAGAGGACAGAGCGAGUUUCCCGCCCUGCUCAGGACUUUUUAUUCCCACCGACCACAAACUCACCGAGGAGAAGGAGGAGGAGGAGGAGGACAUGAAGGCGACAGGCUGCUAUUCAUCCACGGACAGAAACCAACAAAAACCUGACAUUGCACUGGAUUUUUUUUUAAUCUUGCUUGUUUUUGUACUCUCUCUCCGUGUAUAAUCAUGUUUACUUCAUGUGUAUAUGUCAAGUUUAGCAAAAUGUAUGCACUCUUUUUAUUUUUUGCCAAAGCCUCUGUAUUGUGCUUGUAUCGUUAGCCUACUUCUGUUUAUUUGUCUGUGACUGUAAAUAUUGUAAAUAUAUUGAUAUCUAUAUGAAUGUUACGUGUAUUCCAAUCUGCAUUUAUUGACAGUACGAGUUAUUGAUAUUUUAAAAAUGUCAGUGGACAGUAUUCCUCACUGUGAUACUACCUACUAUCUUUGCUUUAUCACAUUAUUAUUAUUAUUAUCAUUAUUUUUAUUAUUAUUAUUUAAUAAAAAUUUGUUGAGGAAAAAAUGCUGUUGAUGAUUUGGCCCAUAGUGUAGCCAGUAAGAAAAUACCUCAUGUCAUUAAAUGUAAUUCUUAAUAAUAACGGCUUUUAUCAGAAUUAUCCCAUUUCUGAACAUUUGCCUGUAAGCGAUGGUGAAGAUUAUGGCUUUUAUAAUAAAAAUUUAC